AUUAGGAAACUUUUUUUCAUCGAACGAAAUCAAAUCAGGCAAAGUGCAGCCGGGAGGCAACGGAGAGUGCAACUAGUGGGCGAGUGUUGUUUUUGUGUUUGACGCUUGAAAGGAAAAGUGAAUCGUCACCCGAGAAGAGAAUGAACUCAAAAGUUGCUACGGCAAGCAGUUUUUAGGCCGACCAACUCUGCCAGCGUUGAAAAAUUGUUAUGGUGUUGCUGUAAACUAUCGUCGUCGCAGUGGAAUAAUUUGCCGGUCAUCAAAAAAGUUGAAUCGAGUUCGUCGUAGCCGUAGCGAGCAGGAGCGAGAGCAAAAUGGAGUUCGCCGAAUGGAUCAGAACUCCAAAGCUGGACGGCGUUCAGUUGUACGAGCAGCUUCGACGGGAGUCCAUCGACGGAACGCUCUGCAUUACCGGUCACCAUUUGAUUCUGAGCACACGGAAGGAAGGCGCCCGGGAACUUUGGUUGCUGCAUCAAAACGUGGACAUAGUCGAACGUAAGCCAUGCAUCGUCAACAAUGUGCUCGAAGGCGGAAUCAUUACGCUCAAGUGCAAAGACCUCCGGAUCAUCCAGCUCCGGAUCAAUUCACCGCAGGAGUACUUUAACAUUUCCAACUCGAUCGAACAGCUGUCGAACCUGGAGGAAACCAAGAAGCUGUACCCGUUCUUCUACAUCCCGAUGUACAACGUGAUGCAGGACGGCCAUACGGAGUACACCGUUGAGACUGAAUACGCAAAACUGCUAGCCACCGACGAGUGGCGCCUGACGACGGUCAAUCAGGAUUUCAAGGUGUGCCCAACCUACGGGGCACGAUUAAUGGUUCAGAAAUCGAUUAGCGACGAACAGCUGAUGCAAUCCGCCGCUUUCCGCGAUGGCGGACGAUUCCCACUGCUGGCCUACAAGCAUACCAACGGUGCUGUCCUGCUCCGGUGCGCCCAACCCUUGGCGGGGCCUGGAGUGAAGCGAUGCCGGGCUGACGAGGCCAUUUUAAACUCGCUGGUCGAACCCGGAGGGAAGAAAGGUUGCAUUUUCGACACCUGGGGCAAAACAAAAACCACCAACACGGAAAUCGAGCCGCACUAUCCGCAGUGGCGUGUCCUUAGUCGACCCAUCGGAUCGCUUUCGUCCAUCUCAAGCCUGUUGGACAGCUUUGUGCGGCUGAUGGAAGCCUGCAACGAUGUGGGUUCCAGCUCGGAUCGGUGGCUGUCACGGCUGGAGGGUUCCAGUUGGUUGAGCUUUGUGCUCAAUGCGAUGAACGUUUCCUGUGUGGUGGCGCAAUGCCUGGCACUGGAGGGAGUGCCCGUUGUGGUGCAUGGUGGGAAAGGGCUGGACACGCCGCUCAUUGUCACUUCGGUGGCGCAAAUAAUUCUAAACCCCGACUGCAGGACAAUAAAAGGAUUACAGGCCUUAAUCGAGCGGGAGUGGCUACAGGCGGGCUACCCCUUUUCGACUCGACACAAACACUCCUGUUACACCCCGUCGGGCCAACGGCACAAAACAUCCAGUGCGACGUUCGUCCUCUUCCUAGACUGCGUGUUCCAGCUAUACCACCAGUUUCCGUGCAGUUUCGAGUUCGACUCGCGAUACCUGAUAGUGUUGUUCGAGCACAGCUACAGUAGCCAGUACGGGACGUUCCUUGGCGAUUCGGAGCAGGAACGGGCGGAACUGCGGGUUCGUGAACGGACCACCAGCCUGUGGAGUUACAUCAACCGACCGGAGGUGAUUGACACGUUGCUCAAUCCGAUGUACAUUCCGAAUGGGGUCGUUAUCUGGCCAUCGGUGGCGCCGCUCAGCAUUGUCCUCUGGUCGGAGGCCUAUACGCGGUGGGUCAUUGACCAGACCGUCUUGCGGACAAACCGGGAUCGGAUGCUGGGAAUCGUCAGCGAGGAACGCGAACUGGAGAAGAAGGUUAAGAAGCUUAGGCGGGAGCUGGCGGAACUGCAGCAAGAGUACACCCGGUUGAAGCUGGAGGAGAUGCUGCUGUCCGACGAGGGAGGCACCGAGGAGGAGGAGGACCUGGAUGGCAGUGACAGUAAGUAGAAUGCGAGAAUCGACGGCGUGGAAAUCAACCUCUCUUAAACAUUAUCGUGGAACCGUGACAUUCCCAUUCGUCCGCCCUUUUAACCGUUACUGGAUCGCCUUUUAUAACUUUAGUGUACAGUUUUAGACUUUCAACCUACCGUCGAAUAACACCCACGAAUAUUUUAACCACUA